GUCCGUCGCGCAGCGCCGGGCGCGGAGCGGGAGCGGCAGCAGGCCCGGCCAUGGUCGGCCGGGAGAAGGAGCUCCGGAUCCGCUUCGCGCCGGGCCGCUGCGAGCUCGUCGAGGAAGAUGUUGACAUUCCCAGUAGGCGAGUUUUGAUCACGGGUGCAACAGGACUUCUUGGCAGAGCUGUGUUUAAAGAAUUCCGUGAAAAUAACUGGAAUGCAGUUGGCUGCGGAUACAGGAGAGCUCAGCCCAGAUUUGAACAGAUUAAUCUUCUGGACUCUAUUGCAGUUCAUGACAUUAUCCAUGACUUUCAGCCUCAUGUUAUAGUGCACUGUGCUGCUGAAAGAAGGCCAGAUGUUGUAGAAAGUCAACCAGAUGCUGCUUCUCAGCUCAAUGUGGCUGCUUCAGCAAACUUGGCAAAAGAGGCAGCUGGAGUUGGAGCGUUUCUGAUCUACAUCAGUACAGACUAUGUGUUUGAUGGCACAAGCCCUCCUUAUAAAGAGACUGAUGUACCAAAUCCCCUGAAUUUAUAUGGUAAAACCAAGCUGGAGGGUGAAAAGGCAGUCCUGGAAAACAAUGAAGGAGCUGCAGUACUUAGGAUUCCUGUCUUGUAUGGAGAGGUAGAAAGACUGGAGGAAAGUGCUGUGACUGUUAUGUUUGAUAAAGUGCAGUUCAGUAAUAAAUCUGCCAACAUGGACCACUGGCAGCAGAGAUUUCCUACCAAUGUCAAGGAUGUAGCAGCUGUUUGCAGACAACUGGCAGAGAAGAGAAUGAUGGACCCAUCAGUAAAAGGAACAUUUCACUGGUCUGGCAACGAGCAGAUGACUAAGUAUGAGAUGGCCUGUGCAAUUGCAGAUGCUUUCAACCUCCCCAGCAGCCACUUGAGACCAAUUACUGACAGUCCAGUGGUGGGUGCUCUUCGCCCGAGGAAUGCUCAGCUGGACUGCUCCAAGUUGGAGAUGCUGGGGAUAGGCCAGAGAACACCAUUUCGAGCUGGGAUCAAAGAAUCACUUUGGCCUUUCCUCAUUGACAAGAGAUGGAGGCAGACAGUCUUCCAUUAGUUUGUAACUUUUUUAGUAAAAGUAUGCUAUGUGGCACUUUUUUAAAAGAAAAAAUAGUUUUGUAUGAGUGUUCUUAAAUUGUGACAUUUAUGAGCUUUCAUUUAAUCGGGUAAACAAAUGGUCUUGCACUAGUGAAACUGUUAGCCUAAAAAAAGUUCAGUGACAAAAGCUGAGCCUAUUUGAUGUCAUGCAUCUUUCCUUCCAUUUGUACCAGUCUAACUUAGUAUCUGUUCCAGGCAGAUUGAGGUUCUUAGUAAUCAGUGCCAUGUGAUGCUAAGAAUCACUUCACUUGCUGACUUACUUUUGGCUGAACUAUGUUGUUGAUGCUUAAGGUCUGUGUCAUUGUUGUAUAUACCAUUUCUCCUCAUUAAAAGACAUGGUCGGUUACUUUAUUAUCAAAAA